AUGGGCAUGUUCGCAGUGGGUCUGGAGUCGGACUCCGCUUCGUCCACAGCGUCAGCAAAGCCCGUAUCUCCGCCUAUAUCAGCCAGAAGAGCAAAGUGUUUUAGUAAGCUCGCUGGUACCAGGAUAGAGGUAUUCAUCAGGGACGGCGCAGUAAUCAGAGGCAUCCUGGCAAUUCAUGGUGAGGAAUUGAGUCGGGGCAUGCGUUAUGUGCGCGCGUCUACCCCAACGGAGGAAGGUUGGCGAACAAUUGUUGGUCGUCGUGGGCGGCGACAACAAGAAGGUCGUUUUGAAAAGUUGGUGAAGUUGGACUCACCGAUGUUGUGGCUGCGGCGCGCGCAGCGGCGGCCAAGUACGACCAACCCGUCGAGUGCGGUGUAUGAGUUGCUGGCGAUAACAUGGCGCGAUAUCCAGGGGUUGACGGGCACGAUUGUGGAUCAGAAGAAGCGCGGUAAGUUGCCGGCGGUCGGUGCAUUUCAGACGGACACGCAGAUCAGUGGCACCGAGUGCGCUAGCAAAGAGAAGGUUUUGAAGAAAUGGGUUGAUGAGACCAACGUCGGAUCCAACGGUGAAGACGACGCCAAGGAGUGGGUCGGCCUUGGAGACGAGCCGCAGCCCUGGAACCAAUUCGAAGAGAACAGCCGUAUGUUCGGCGUUAAAACCACCUACGACGAAGAGCUCUACACCACGCAACUUAACGUCAAAGAUAUCCCCGAAGACGUCCAGCGGAAGGCCGCUGAAAUUGCCGCCGAAAUGAAUGGUGGUCGCCACAGAGACGAAGACGAAAACGAGCAGGACGAAGAAAAGAAGUUCUCCGCUGUCGCCGGCACUGGCGGCUACAAAGUGCGAGGCAGUAUGGCCAAUGACACCCGUAGCGGCGUUGACAAUCUCCGAAGCAACCCCGAUAAUGCGCGCGGCGGUCCCGACAAUGCGAGAGGUGCUGGUUCCGGUGAUAACGCGCCUCAUGGUCGAGGUGUUGGGCCCGACCACGGCCGAGGCCCCGACAAUGCCCGUGGCGGCCCAGGUAACCCCCACAAAGGUCCUGAUAACCCUCGCGGUGCUCCGGAUAACCCCCGAGGGGGGCCGGACAAUCCCCGCGGCGACCCGAGACACGCCGGCGCCGCGGUGGAUGGCUCUUCUCGCAACUCGGAAAAACGCCGGACCAAACGGGACAGUACCGCCCUUCACGAACCGCCCCACGAAGUGCGACCGAAACACGCCGCCGUGUUUCGAACGCUUGACCGACGGCUGCCGAAAGACAACAUCAACGCACUUAACCUCGAACCGAUCAAACGAGGCGCCGUCUCGCGCAACGGUGUCUGGGGACGAGUUAGCGCGGACAAGGAGCCCCAGAGCCGCAUCAAACUGCUCGAAGAGUUCAGCAAGUGUGCGAAAACCAUACAAAGCAAAAUGGAAAAGAAAGGGUGGACUUCGCCGACAAUGAGUGGGUCAGCACCGGCUGCGGCGCCGGCGAAGAAAGAGGAGGCAGUGGCGGAGACGCCUUCAGCGCCGCCGGGGCGGACGCCGACGGUGGUGGAGAGUGGAAGUCCCGUAGCGUCGCGGCGCGAGGACAGUUUCCAGUUCAACCCGAACGCGAAUUCGUUUACGCCUAAGGGUGAGGCAGUGCCGGUGGCGCCGCCGCCUCCGCAGAUGAAGGACUCAGCGAUUGGGGCAUCAUUGGAGGCGAUUGACGGUGCCUUGAUUCACUCCGCGAGUAGUUGUUUCAAUCCACCGGUUUGGGGGCCGCGGAUGGCCAUGUCUUACAACGAUUGUUUAGCAGCGCCCGUGAGUUACCCUUUCGGCGGCUACGGCGAAGUGGCUUACGCGCCCGUCGAGUUCGCGCCAAAGGACCCCGCGAUCGGACAGCUGCAGCCGGUGGUAAUGGGCAUGGGUGGCUAUCCCGGUCCUGCUGGUCCCGGCCCUGCCGGCUACCCAGCCUACCCCUACCCCGUAUACUGCUGCGUCCGCGAGGACUGGAUGGUCCCCAACCAUCCCACCGCUGUGCUCUACUCGCGACCUGCCGCUGCCGGCGCGUUCGCCGCCGAUCACAGACCGGCUACCGCCGCCGGCCCACCACCUCCCGAAGCAAUAUAG